AUGCACAAUAAUCAAUACCCAUCUGAUAAAUCACUUUCAUCACUAUUCGCCUUACCUACACCAUCACCACCAUCUUCAUCUGCUGUACCUCGACCACCUUAUUCAUCUUCAGCCACGAACCCAAACAUGAACGUUAGAUCACCUACCAUUCCUAAUUCUCCUGCACCUGCAUAUACGGCAUUGCCCCAUCGAGAUGUCGAUUUCCACUUUACACCGAUAUUAGAAGGUAAAAUUGGUGAUGUCGAAUUGGAAACGGUGGAUGGGAAGAGGUUUUUGGUUCAUAAGAAAGUAUUAGAGCAGGAGACAGUCUUUUUCCAUAUCUACUACGGUUUCGUCCCUGUAUGGAGACUUAAUUCAGCCACCUCGUCCUCCUCUUCUUCUUCAUCUGGAACAGGUGCUACCUUACCACAUGAUAUAACCGUACCGAUCCAUCAAUCUUCCAACUCUAACACUACCAGUACCACAUCGUCCCAAACAUCAACCCACCAUUCUCAACAUAGGAUUUCCACCUCGUUGAAUGGAUUUAGUAAUAUUCGAUCUUUACCUAAAAUCAUCGCUAAUACCCUAACUCGAAAUUCCAUUUCACUUCCACCCACUACUAUUCCCGUAUCAGUACCAAUGACAGAGGAAGUUCCUCCACCAUUACCUCCAAAGGAUGUGAUCACAGCUCCCACACCAACUUCCUCUCCAUAUACAUGGGUAGUCCCCGAAACAUCCACUGUCCUUCUCGCUUUCCUUUCUCUAAUUUACCCUCGUGGAGUCAUUUCCUCUGGAAAUGGAAGUUUGUUAGAUUCGUUGGAAUUGACAGGAAGAGUAGUAAGAGCAUCAUUAGGCUAUCAAUCUUCUAAAGCACUUUCAAAAGCUAGAGAUAGGUUGGGUCAUUGGAUCGAAGAUUUACCUAUCGAAACUUAUUCGAUGGCAUGUUUCUUCAAGUUUAACGAUUUGAUCAAAUUAUCUUCGCAAUAUGCUUUAAAGGUUCCUUAUAAUGCUUGGCCAGAGGACGCAAAGUUGUUGAUGGGUAGAGGGUCGAUAAAUAGAUUGGUGGAAUUACAACAAGUUAGAUUGUUAGGUUUAAACAAUAUUUUAUCAAAACCUCUAUUACUAGACAACAACCGAGAGCACACAACUCAACAACAUACAAUCGAUUGUAGGGGAUUGGAAUAUUUGGAAGAGUUGUGGAAUGAAAUCACAACUAGUAUAAAGAUGGAUUUGAAACCUUCCAUGGAUUUAUAUGAAUUACUUCAAUUGGAUCUUACGAAUUGCGGGAUAACCAAUUGUGCGAGUUGUUUGGGGAUUUUGGGGAAAAACGUUCAAACAUGUUUGUUGGAAGCUAGAGAUUUACCUAGAUCGUUGUAG